AUGAUUACAAAUACAAAUAUAAUCGAGAAAACAGAUAGAUUAAUCAAUGGAAAGAAUGUAUUGAAAUUUAGAAGUGUGCGAUCUAAUUUUUAUGGACAUUAUGAUGAUCUAAUAGUUUUAGUUCAUAAUCAUUUGAAAGAUAAAGAUAAUGAACAACACACAAAUAUCAUAUUAAUCAGAAAUAGUAAAUCUAAUGAUGAGAUAGUAGUACCAGAUACAGUCGAUACUCAAUAUCAAUUAAUAUUAAUAGAUUCAUAUUCACUCUUAUAUCUAUCGAUACUUUUAAACAAAUCAGAAUCAUACACAAUCAAUAUUCAAAAAAGUCAAUUCCAACUCAUGUUAAACUAUUUCAAAAUCAAAGACACGUUUGACUAUUUCAAACAAACACACAUCAUUAAUAACGAACGAUAUCAUUUAAUAUCAAGAUUUCCAAACAGUAAUAAUAUCAAUGAUGUAUAUAUAGUGGGUGGUCCUCAUAAUGCUUUAGUUAAAAGAUUGGUAAGAUCAUUUUUCAAAGUAAUUAAUCAAUUGACAAUCAUAAAACUAACAAAAUCAAUUCAAAAGUAUGUUUAUAAAAAGAUAAACUAUAAAGAUAAUCAGAAAUCUUAUGAAAGAGCUGAGAAUGAAAUCAAAUCAAUGGAAUUACUCAAAGGUAAUCGAAGAUUUGUUCAACUUGUUGACUAUCAUCAUGAUAAACACAAUCAAAUCUUUCAUAUUAUCACUGAUUAUUGUAAAGGUGGUGAUCUUGAUCAAAAGUAUAAACAUUUUACUGAUCAUAAUCUGAUCUUUAAAGAAUCAGAUAUUAGCGAAUAUAUUCGACAACUUUUCAAUAUUCUUUUGGAUCUUGAUAAACAUGGAAUUGUUCAUUGUGAUAUCAAACCAUCAAACAUAUUCAUUGAUAAUGAUGGUACUUUGAUUCUUGGUGAUUUUGGAUGUUGUAAAUUCAUUGGUCAAUCAACAAUCACUGAAUAUCAAGAUUCAAAUGUAUUUUUGGAUGUUGUAAAUUCAUUGGUCAAUCAACAAUCAUUGAAUAUCAAAAACCUAUUUUUCAAGGCACCUGUUGUCAUAACAAGUGUUUCAAAUUCGAAAGAAAUAUCAGAUCCAACUAUUUUUGAAAUGUAUUCAAACACACUUAUAAAUGCAACUCGUGGAACAAUUGGUUAUAUUUCACCAGAAGCAAUGAAACGACAAUAUGCACAAUCAUGUGACAUCUUUUCAAUUGGAUCAACAAUUCUCAAAUUAUUAUGUUGUCAUCAAGAUGAUCAAAAAAAUCAUGAAUUAUUCAAAACUACUGGUGAAAUUAUCAUUUCAGAAUCCAUAUAUUCAAAACAAUUGAUUGAAUUUAUUCAUCAAUUGUUGGAUCAGAGUCCAAAGAAUAGAGAAUCAUUGAAUCAAUUAUUAAACCAAUAUAUUGAAACCAACACCAAUCAACAUUCAAUUUCGUUCAAUUUAAAUACUACAUUCAAAAAUAGAUCCGUCAAUAUCACUAAAAUCAAAUUUGGUCAUGAAUUUAAUCAACCUUUGGAAUCUAAUUCACUCCCUCCAAAUCUGACAUCAUUAUCAUUUGGAUCUAAAUUCAAUCAAAUAUUAUCAGUCUGUGUGCUACCUGAAUCACUGAAAUCAUUAUCAUUUGGAUCUAAAUUCAAUCAAAAUAUUAUCAGUUGGUGUGUUACCUGA